UCAAGUUUGUAGCUGAGUUAUAAUCUGAGUGAAGUGACAUUGAAAGCAACGAACAAGUAAUCAUCAUCAUCAUCAUCAGCCAACGCCAUUAACGGCAUAAGGCUUAAAUCUCUUCCCUUUCUCAUCAUUAUCACCAUCAUCUUCAUCAUCAAUUGCCUACGAUCUCUACCUUUGUAUUUUGUGGCUACACCAAUUGUCUUGAUGAUCUCAACAUUAACAAACAUUAAAAUGUUUGCAAACCUCAUCGAUUCUCAUUUUCACCGCAAUCAUCAUCAUGUUAACCAUUCCUCAUAUCAUCAAAAACAUCAAAAUCAAUCAACAACAUCAACACCUCAACCAUCGCUACCUUCAACCUCUCGAUCAGUUAACUACUACAUCAAACUAUUAGCCGUUAUCUUGUCACUCUUAUUUAUUCAAACAGUCAACUGUGACAAACUUGGAUUAAUUGACCGGAAUGAUGAAUCCUUGUUAGCCGAGAUUAAAGACCUUAACAAUAAGAUUGACUCGUCUGAAAAAGUGUUAACCAAGUUACUCCAAAAUAAAGAUGUUCAAGCUUCAAGCGAACUUAAAGAACAUGUUGAAAAAAUUUUGGAUUAUCUGAGAUUCCGUAAAGAUGGAAUCAACACUUGGAAAAUUAACUACCGACAAUUUGAAACAAUGAGAGAUGGGAUUAAUAAGGAUUAUGCUGCUUUACCUUUUAAAAUUGUCCACAUCUUAAGUCAAGCUUCUAAAAAUAAGAUCCUCCAUGUUGUCCCAUACAGUUAAACCUUAACCUUUACCCAAAUCUAUGAAAACACCCAAACCUAAAAGUAAACCCAAUCCCAAACCUUAACCCAAACCCAAAUCUAUACCAAAAAUCAAAUCUAAACCCAAACCUAAACCCAUUUUUAUUACUGUUGUUGCUGUUAUUGUUGUUUAUUGUUUUUGCCAACUUAUUUUUUAACUUGAAUUUAAUUUAUUAUUGUUGUUGAUUGUGAUGUUACAAUACUGACAGACUUUGCUGUUACCAAUUAGGUUUUAACACUGUGCAUUAGCAGGAUUAAUUAAAGGAAAAAACAAUCAACAAAAUACCAACAUCAACAAAAAUCAAUAGAAAUGCUUUUAAUUUUCUUUUGAUUUUCAAUUUGUAUUAAUUUUCAUUUAGUUUGCUGUUGUUGACGAUCACAAGUUAAUUAAUUGAUUCGUCUUGACCAAAUACUCAAAAAUCUCAAACCUUUUAAUUCCAUCUCUCGUCAGAAUCGCCAUUCAAAUUACCAAUCAAAAUUAUCAUCAAAAUCAUUGUCCUAACCAUCAUUGACAUCUUAAUUUGUUUCUCCUUCAAGCCUCAUAGACCAAAGGCUUUUUAAUCACAUUACAACUUACCUUUAAAUUAAAAUUAUACUUAAGUCACCAAAUGGUUAAUCAUUUUGAUCUCACCUUUAAUUUAAUUUACCAUACCGUGAAUAACAAUAGUAUUCAACAAUUGUAAUCUUAAUUAUUAGUUCAGAAAUUGUUUAUUCAUUAAACAUUUUGUUUUUUUAAUA